AUGGAGAUAUUUCUGCUGGGUAUGACUGUGAGAAAAAUUUUUGAUCGACCAAAAUUUGCGCUUCAAUUUGUUUCUCAUUGUCAAACAACUUCGAAAAGGGAAAUUUACAUUGAGGAGUUGAAACGCCACAUGAAUCUCACUCAGCUAGGAGCCUGUAUUGCUGGACGAUGUUCACCAGAAUGUGAAAAAGUUGCAGUUGCUGAACAUAAGUUCUACUUAGCUUUUGAAAAUAGCAUCUGCCGAGAUUAUGUCACUGAAAAGAUGUUCUAUCGUCUUGGACACCUGCUACCAGUUGUCCUAAAGAGGUCUACUUAUGCGGGUAUUGUUCCUUCUGAUGCUUUUGUUGCGGCUGACGAUUUUGAGUGUCCCGAACAACUGGCAAAACAUCUCAAGUUUCUGAGCACUAACUACACCGCAUUCUCUAGUUCAGUUAAGUCGCUUUUUUCUUCUUUAGGAUUAAUGUACACUUUGUUUUGA